GCCGCGCGACAGCCCAGCCCGGUAAAGAGCGGAGCCCCCUCCCUGCCCAGCCGGGACACCCCACCGAGAUCGCCAGGGCAUCAGCGAGGACAUGCUGCCCCAGCACUUGCCGCUCCUCACCCUGGUGGGUCUGCUCGCCCUCUGGUCCGCCCUCGGCCAGAAGUGUCCCAAGUUCAAGGUCAGCAACUGCCGGGACUGCGUGGAGUCGGGCCCCGGCUGUGCCUGGUGCCAGAAGCUGAACUUCACCGGGCUGGGGGAGCCAGACUCCGUUCGCUGUGACACCCGGGAGCAGCUGCUAUUGAAGGGAUGUGCAGCUGACGACAUCAUAGACCCCGGGAGCCUGGCCGAGACCCACGACGACCAGGAGGGCGUCCAGAAGCAGCUGUCCCCACAGAAAGUGACACUCUACCUGAGACCAGGUCAGGUGGCUGCCUUCAACGUGACCUUCCGGCGGGCCAAGGGCUACCCCAUCGACCUGUACUACCUGAUGGACCUCUCCUACUCCAUGCUGGACGACCUCAUCAACGUCAAGAAGCUGGGGGGUGAUCUGCUCCGGGCUCUCAACGAGAUCACCGAGUCGGGCCGCAUCGGCUUCGGGUCCUUCGUGGACAAGACGGUGCUCCCCUUCGUGAACACGCACCCCGAGAAGCUGAAGAACCCGUGCCCCAACAAAGAGAAGGAGUGCCAGGCGCCGUUCGCCUUCAGGCACGUGCUGAAGCUCACCAACAACUCCCACCAGUUCCAGACCGAGGUGGGGAAGCAGCUCAUUUCCGGAAACCUGGACGCCCCCGAGGGCGGUCUGGACGCCAUGAUGCAGGUCGCCGCUUGCCCGGAGGAAAUCGGCUGGCGCAAUGUCACUCGGCUGCUGGUGUUCGCCACGGACGACGGCUUCCACUUUGCGGGUGACGGGAAGCUGGGCGCCAUCCUGACCCCCAAUGACGGCCGCUGUCACCUGGAGGACAACAUAUACAAAAGGAGCAAUGAAUUUGACUACCCGUCGGUGGGCCAGCUGGCUCACAAACUGGCUGAAAGUAACAUCCAGCCCAUCUUCGCCGUGACCAAGAGAAUGGUGAAAACCUAUGAGAAACUCACCGAGGUCAUCCCCAAGUCAGCGGUGGGGGAGCUGUCAGAGGAUUCCAGCAACGUGGUGCAGCUCAUUAAGAACGCCUACAAUAAACUCUCCUCCAGGGUCUUUCUGGACCACAACACUGUCCCCAACACCCUGAAAGUCACCUAUGACUCCUUCUGCAGUAAUGGAGUAUCACAGGUGGACCAGCCCAGAGGGGACUGUGACGGAGUCCAGAUCAACGUCCCGGAGGACAGAGGGGAUGGCAGCGCCCCCUGGGGCAAGAUGCUGGGCAGUGCGUCCAGCAAGGAGCAGAGUUCCUUUCCACACACCUCAAAGCGGGGCACCUGUUCCUGCGGCAAGUGCUCCUGCAACCCGGGCUUCGAGGGCUCCGCGUGCCAGUGUGACAGGUCCACCCGGGGCUGCCUGAACCCCGACGGCUUUGAGUGCAACGGGCGCGGCCGCUGUGUCUGCAACGUGUGUGAGUGUGACGCCGGCUACCAGCCGCCCCUGUGCCUGGAGUGCCUGGGCUGCCCGUCGCCCUGCGGCCGCUACUUGUCGUGCGCCCAGUGCCUGAAAUUUGACCCGAGCCACUCGGGGAGUAACUGUACCUCGGUGUGCGGGAACGUGGGCCUGCUGAACAAGCCCCCGGAAAAGGGGCGCACGUGCAAGGAGCGGGACGUGGACGGCUGCUGGAUCACCUACACGCUGCGGCAGCGGGUUGGCAGGGACAGCUAUGACAUUUACGUGGAUGACAGCCGAGAGUGUGCGACGGGCCCCCAAGUUGCCCCCAUCGUGGGGGGCAUCGUGGCGGGGGUCGUACUCAUCGGCAUCCUCCUGCUGGGCAUCUGGAAGGCUCUGACCCACGUGAGUGACCUCAGGGAGUACAGGCGAUUUGAGAAGGAGAAGCUCAAGUCCCAGUGGAACAAUGACAACCCCCUUUUCAAGAGCGCCACCACGACAGUCAUGAACCCAAAGUUUGCUGAGAGUUAAGAGCACUUGGUGAAGACAAUGGUGUCUGAACCGACCAGAUGGGACCACCCCCGAAUCACAUCUCCUCCAUCGGGUCCUCCACGGACACAGCUUACGAUGCUUGAACAUUUCACCCAUUAACCAAAAAUCCACUGUUUUUUUCUGCUCUCAGAACAAUAGAUAUGGCCAGGUGACAACAGGGACCCAUCAGAAGGAACCGCCUCCCCCUUCUGAUGUGUCUGACCUUUUCAGUAGAGACUGGAAGAAGGAACUGCUUGGGUCUUUCAAGGUUAGAUACGUUUUCCCGCAUAAAAGAGUGGUGGGCUCAUUAAAGGCAGCACAAAAUUUAUUUAUACUUGAACUUCUCAGGGUGUAAGGUUCCAUCCCAUUGAGUAUACUGUUUUUCAGUCACGUGUGUAGAAACAAUUAAUAAAACUUCAGAAGAGACUA